UGUCACGGUAAGCAGUGAUCAUAAGUGGUCUGUAACUUACCGCCCACCCACCUAGUGUAACAGAGCAAGUACUACUAGCUGGUCUUCGGUAUUAGUACCGCUUGUGUACCAUUCCGGUGGAGCUGCCGAAAUAAAGACAUCUUCUCCAUUCCGACUCGUUCUGAUGGGUAAGAUUAACUUCACGGCCGACGAAGCCUCCAUCCUCCAGGCCUAUAAGUUAUCAUCCCAGAACCCGACUAAAUGGGAAGAUAUAGAUCAUGACCUCGAAGACCCUCUUUCUGACCUCCUCACCUCACAAUCCAACGAUGGAGACGGCGACCCCUUGGGUCUUGGCGGCGUCAUUGAUCUGACGAGUUUGGAUGCGGAAUCGAAGAUGUCUGUGCUGAUCUCUUCUAAAUCAUUUGAUCCUAAAGCCUUUCUAUCUGCUGUACACCCAAACGCAACAUACCAAGAUCUUGCAGCAGGCAUUAACCACCUCCAAUCAUCCAUUGAUGCCCGUUCAGAAGCUGUCCGUGUCCUUGUAGAGGAUAACUUUGAUCGGUUCGUUGCCGUCAAGGCUUCUACUGAUGCGUUAUAUGCGGAGAUGCGUGAAGGAUUACUGAGCGACAAGGCGGAAUUUGCUACUAAACCGCUUGUAGACUACUUAAAACGCUCAGCUGUGAAGGCCAAUCAAGUCUUCCUUCCUAUCCUCGAGAACGGCACGAAAACACAAAAGUUGCGCACUACACUCGGCGUUUUUGAGCGCUCCAAGUUCUUUUUCAGUCUCCCAGGAUUUCUCGUGGAAUCCAUCGAGGCCGGAAGGUAUGAAGCCGCAUUGCGUCAGUACAACAAGGGAAAGUUUCUCCUCGAUUCUCGCCCUGGGCAGCUCCUUCCCGUCGAAGCAGGUGCCAACGCAGGCUCUACGGCACAACAGAAGAGAAUAUUAGACAAGGUAUGGGCGAACGUUGAAAAGGUGAUGGGAGAGAUGAAGGCGCUACUUUUGGCACGGUUGCAAGAACAAGGAAGGAGCGUUGAGGAAAUGGAGAGAGGGAUUGAGAUUCUCCUGGAACUGAAUGUGCCUGAAGACCCGAUAUGGACUUACUUUGAUAGUCAGCAUAAGCGCAUCAUGGACCGGAUGAGUACUGCAUACAGGACUGGUGUUUCAAACAUCGAUGCCACAAAGUCUCGCACGGCACCUGAACUGUCGACUCCGAAUGCGCUCAGACAGAUCCUUGGUGCGCAACUCCAAGCAUGUAUCGUAGCGCUGGAGAGCAAAGCUCCUGAAGCUGUAAUUGCGCAAGCAGGUGGUCAUGAAGUGUGGCAGGUUAUCUGGGACAUGGUAAAAAACGUUUCCGAGGUUAUGGUCUCUUCGUUGCCCAACUUCUGGAAAAUCGCAAGGAGCUUCUUGGAGGGGAAGUUCAAACGACCAUCGUCAUCGAGGCGCAGUGCCUCCCAAUGCAGGCAAAUGGCACUAGAUAUCAUCAAGCUCUAUAUCAACUUCCUCUCGGAAUUUUUUAUUCUUUCUGAUAUCCUAUCAAACUCCCCUACCCCCAACUCCCCCGAGCAUCUUCCGUCUCAUUCAAAUUCGCUAACGACGGCUCACUGGCUGACCAAGAUCCUUAGUGAAGUACAGGAUUGCGUCACAGAGAUUGGCGCAUUGGAACUCGGAGAAGGCGGUCUGGUGAAGGGGCUAGUGGAGAGCGUGCGGUGGCGUUUUGAAGAUAUCCUAGUCAGAUCUUGGUUGCGAGACGCAAACUACAUGUAUGCGCUCGAAUCAUUCACUCCCGAUUUUUCCGCUCCUUUCACAACGCUCUACCUUUCUAAUCUCGAAUCGUUCAUGCGCCACCUUGCAACGUCAGCAUUCAAAAUCGCGGGUGGUAUCUCGACAGACAGUGGAUCGGGCGUGUUGCGGGUAACGCAACAGAAUAUCGUGCCACCAGCAUUCGUAUCGAAGAUCACGAAGGCAUUUUUGGACGCAAUAUAUGUGGUUCUAGAUGGGUUUCUUGUGCUCGUCACGGAGGAAGCGCCACCAGGUGUGGGCACCAUCGUGGCAGCGGGAAUACCCGAGGGAGAAGGGAAGCAGGAGCUGAUUGAUCUGCGCGACUCGAAUACGAGGCUGCUCCUCGUGAUAUCUAAUUUCUCACAUUUAUCAGGAUCAUUGAUACCCAGUAUGUUAGCUCAACUGGAGAAUGCGCUCAGCAUAUCAGUCGAGGAUGAUAGAAAGACAUUAAUGAAAGCAGUGACUGCGCUCGACAAGACGCUUUUUGAUGGAUAUGUCAAACCCAAGGCUGCCGCCGUCGCAGUCAUAUUGCAAGAGGGCAUUCUCGACAAAGACAUGGAUUGGUACGAGACGCCACAACCUACGGAAAUACGACCAUAUAUGUACAAGGCCUUGAUGGGCCUUGUUGAGAUUCACGCGCAAAUCAGCCGUGUCGCAGAGAAUAUACUCGAACGUGGGAUGUACGCGCUUGUAGAGAACGUCGCUCAAGAUGCAUUGCUCUCAUUCAAACAAGUCAAGCGGUUCGGCAUGGGCGGCAUGCUUCGCGCUACACUAGAGAUCGAGUUCAUGCACCAAACGCUUGCUCGCUACGUGUCUCCGUCAGCCGCGAAGACGCUCUCAGAGUUGUAUAACAAGAUCUCGCAGGCGUAUGCACGACGGCCUGGAGAUGAGAAUUUGCAGGGGAAUCUGGACAGUGUGAAGAGGACGUUGGCGGAGAGUCGGCGUGCGACUGGGAUUGAAUUUAUGUGCUUUAGAGCGGCCAAGGACAAGAGUGGAAAGGCGAAGAAGGAGAAGGACGAGGGUAGGGAGCGGGGAAAGGACAGAGGGAAGGACAGAGAGGGCAGAGCUGACAACAGUACUUAGGUUCAUGAUCUCUCCAAUAGUUUGAUGACAUUCAGUGCGAUUUGAGAUUCAAUCGAUUCUCUGAAGCUCCGAUACAACCUACCUGGUUCAUGUAGAGUUUGACUUGGCUCAGUCGUAAU